UAUACAUAUAAUGUCGAUCAAGUCUAGUACGAGCAAAUAUUAUAUUUUCAUGUACCUAUAACCGAGCGGCCGAGUCGAUGAAAAUAAAAUUAUCUGUACGUGCACGACAAUGACUUUUUCCAAUGAGUUUAUCGUCUGUCUUGCAGCGUUGUAUAUCAUUGCCGGUUAUACCUACAACAGCAAUGCCCACGGUGAGUACCUAUCUAAAUAAACAUUUAAUUUAAUUUUUUUUUUUUCUUUUAUUAUAUUCGUUUAUUGUAUACAAGAGGCUCGUCGUUAUUUAUUCUCGUCCAAAACAUUACGUCAUGAUGUGACGACGGUUUUUUUGUGAAAUCACAACACGCCACGGUCGUCGUACGGGACGAUCCACAAUAAAAGGUGCUUUAAAUACUUGCCUGUACUUCCAGUCUUGUGAUUCAAUACGAUAAAAUGUGAAAAUUUGGGUUGAUUUUUUUUUUUCAAAUUUAUCUCGUAUUUUCAAACACAUAUUCCCAAUUCUCUCGUAUGCGCAUUCAAAUAAUUAUCGAUAAAAUAAAUUGUAUAAAUAAAUCAAAACCAACUAAUGAUACUUAUCGUUGCAGCCGUUAUUUAAUGUUAUUUAUAUACUUAUAUAAUGUAAAAACCGAGUUCCUGUAAUAUUAUUUUUAUUGUUUUACCUACCAAAUAUUUAAAUAAUAAUUAUAUAAUAUGUUAGAUAUGUUCAGGUUUUCGAUUUACUUUUAAUCUACCGUUUAGGUAUAGAUAAGUUUGGACGCAUAUUAUAUUGAAAAGAUGUUCGAAGUGAAGACAUUUUAAUGAAAACAUACUGAUUAAUUGAUUUACGUGAACAUAAUAUUUUGACGUACAGUUAUAAAAUAUGUGAAUAUUGCUUUGAUAAAUUUUAACGAAAUAUUUGUAUACAAGCGUAUAAUUAUAAUAAUAUAAUAAUAUAAUAUUGAUAUGCAAAAUUAUGUUAUUGACUGUGAUAUUAUAAUAUAUAUAUAUAACAUUGUUAUUUUGUGGUGGCAAUUUUUUUUUUUUUAAAUUUAUUAUCGCUGACAAAUUGUUUUGAAAAUGUAUCUCGGAAUUCAUGUCAUGAAUUCGAGAAUAAUGAGCCCUGGAGCAAACAGUAAAAGUGGGCCCCAUUGAGCAUAUUAUAAGAGAUACGUUCGAUUUUCCGACAAUUGAUAAGAAAAAAUAAAAUCAGGUUCUCCAACAUUGAGACUUUAAAAUCACACUAACCCGUAUAAUCGUUUAUGUAUUUAUAUUAGGUUUUUACCUAAUUGUUUGUUAGGUUUAUAUUAGGAUUUUUUUCUUAUCAGUUAUCGAAGAGAAUACCCUAUCAUUAAAUAAUUAUUCGUAUAUGAGACACGGGUUAAAUUUAUUUUUAUUGCAAAAAUACAUGACCAGCAGUAUACCUACUGUUAUAGCAGAGAAAACCAAGUGAAAUUUAGAUUAAAAAAUUAUUAUACAGUUUAAUAUAAAUAUAAUUUAGUAUUUAAACAAAAAUUAAACACAAUAGAAAAUAGAUAUUUUACUUGUAAGAACCGCAUCGCGUGACAUUUCGUAUAUCUAAGCCCGUUCACUGUGUUUCCAUUUGUAUUGUUUAAAGGCGUGUUGGAUAGGAUGCAUACUAGCUAAUAUUAUGACAUUCACGUAACAAUUAUAGAGAUAAUAAUAUUUUUAUUAUGAACGAUGUACAAUAAUUUAUUAAUAAAAGACAAAAAAUAUUUGCAAAAUCGGCGUCCCCGUCGUUAUCGUGCGCGUAAAUUCAAACAAUGUACGUGCGCAAGAAACCUAUCUACCUAUACUGUCCUACCUAUUUUCGCCCAGUAUGUUGGGGUGCUAGAAUACGCAUACGGCGGUCCUUGGGCCUCUCGUAAGAGACGACCAUCCAACAUUCAGAAGAUAGCUAAUGGUCGUUGAACAUUUCUGGGCAUAAGUAGGGACGAGGGACACUGAAAACAUGAACAAGUUUCUAAAAAUCCACAUCGGUUAACCACUAGCCGAUCGGUUCGGUGACCAAAAUAAUAGUAGAGAUCCCUGCAGGUACCUCGGGUGAAUCCACCAAUGAUCAUUAAUUGUUACAACGGGAGAGGGGGAGCCCAAUGCACGCCAUCGAUUCGUCGCCCCGGUCGCAUGUUCCUGUUAAUGAGUCUAUCUCGACCGAAACGUGAUGGUUUUGAGACCAGCGCUAAAAUUAUAAUAAAAACCGUCGACCAAGCCGAAGGAGCCGAACGCAACCUAAUUGCAUCCCGAAGCAGUAUUGUACGACUUGCCGUUGCUGGUGUUUCCUAAAACGUUAUGUAGGUGACCGUUUGAGGGAUCCAAAAAAUCUGGAUAUUCUCUGUCCUACCUACAAUUAUUUCAGAACAGUUUUCGUUACCUAAAACAAAUUAUAUCCUUAAAUUCGGUUGACGAAUAAAUGUCACGUGAAAUUAUGAAAUUUUAUAGCAAAACAAUUAUUAUUAUAGAUAGUGACAAGCAAUAAGUUUUUAAAUUUCAAUUUUAAAAUAUCUAGUAGAUAAUACCGUUUAUAUUAAUAAAUCUUUCUCAAAUGUCUAAUCAUGUUUACGGACACUGUCUCGAAAUCACCAGCUACUUCUAUUAAAUAUAAAAAAUACUAUACAAGGUCUUCCAAAUUUUAUUUUACAGCGAAAUUUUCCAUGAAAUACUUAUUUUAUUAAAAAAUUACUUAUGUGAAAACUUUUUAAAUCAUAAUUCAAAAUGUAACAGUCCUUAAUUUAGUUACCUAUGUAGUGAGCCGGACUAGAUAGUACGACUCAAAACCAUAUAUCGACACGAAGUCACCUAUGACUGACAGCUUUUCAGUGAAAAAGUUUACUAUCUCCUGAAAUAAUAAUGAUAAUCAAAUUCUGUCUUUUCAUAUUAUUUAUUUUAAAAAACUCUAUGAAAUAUCUUCAAUUUUUUUAAAAAUAAUAAAACAAAAAGUUUUUUACCGUUUUAUCGAUUUCAGAUUCAAAUCUUCAAUCAGAACAGCCGAAAAACGAACCAUCCGGAGACUGUUUAAAUUGCAUUUGUGAAGCUAUGUCAUCGUGUAACAGCAGUACUGGUUGUAGUGGUGGGGUGUGUGGCAUUUUUAAAAUCACGCGAGAUUACUGGAUAGACUCUGGCAGACCAGUUAAAAAUGGAGAUAAUCCAAAAAACAAUAACGGUAAAAAACAAACAAAUAUGUUAAUUGGUUUUUUUUUUUACUUAGUUAUUAGGACUAUUAGGUUUUCUGUUGAAAGAAAAAAAAACUGAUUCAAUUAUCGAUUAUUAUCGAUCAAUAAACGUUCUCGUGAGAUUAAAUUACAUAAAAUAUGAACACGAGCGUUUCACUUUUUAAUAGGAUAUAAUUUAACUGUAUGUAGCGUUGGUACAGUUUAUCAUAAGAGGUGCUUUCGUUUUUAUAUUAUUUAAUGGUAUUUGUCUAAUAUUUUUUCAGCGUUUGAGAAGUGUGCCACCGAUCCGAAGUGUGCAAGAAAAUCAACCACAAAUUAUCUGACCAGAUUUGCUCAGGUAUCAACAAGUUCAAGUAUUUAUAGGUUCAGUGAUAUAUGAUAAUGAAAGUAUUGCGGAGGGCAAAAUUAAUAGACUCAUAAAUGGCUGUAAGAUAAAGUAUAGAGGAAAGCUACAGGUGUGAUUUAUGUUAAAAAUAUGCUACUAAAUACAUGCAAUUUACAUGAUAUAAAACUGUUUUUAUGUGAGGAUGUUGGAAGUAUUGGACAUGGAAUAGAAGAAAUAAAAUAUAAAUGGAAGUAAGAGAAAUAAGAAUCAUUUGUAGUCAGGUUUAAUAGGUAUAGAUAAGAAAACAUAAUAAUUGUUGAUAUUAUAAAAAAAAUAAAUAAAAAAUAAAAAUAAAGAAUUAAUAUUGAGAUGGUUUUUGGGAAAUGAAAAUGUAAAUAAAGUAAAAAACAAUUAGAUAGUCAAGCGAAGCUAUAUAGGUUAUGGAAUGAUUGUGACAGAUAUAAUGAGGAGAUGUGGACAUUUAACCCUCACCGGUUACGACAGGAUUUCAGGACGAAGGAGUAAACUGUAUAAUAUUUUGUUAUUUCUAUUUAUAAGGACUGUAACAACGACGGGACAAUUGAUUGCAGUGAUUACGCGGCCAUUCACAUGCAAGGAGGGUACGGAUGUAGCGAUCCGUUAGACGGGAACUACAAGAGCGUUUACGAAGACUGCAUGUACCACACACUUGUCAACGAAGUAUUCAGCAAAGAUGUUCCGCCACAGCCACUACGCCCUUCCACGAAUAACCCAAACGACGACCGUGUAAUCUUUCCGAACUCGUAGAAAACUUCACACGUAUCAUAGUCCGCAGACCUAGUACCUAUAGUGAAUUGCACUCUGAUCAAAAAUUAAUGGGAAGAAAUCUCAUAAGCAAAAUAGGGUAUCUAUAAAGAAAAGAUGAAAUUGUUCUCGUGAAAUCAGUGUUUCAUAAAUUAUUUUAUAGUAAAAACACAAUCAAUUUUUCUAGCUAGAUACCUCUUUUUGUUUAACAAAAUGCCUAACUUUCUCACAAUGGUCAUAGAGGAUAUAGAACGAGCAGUUCCCUAUAGUCUAUAGUAUGCAUACCAUACUAUAACGCUGUAAAUAUUUUUUAUUAACUGAUAAUAAAAUCUACUUUAAUAUACGUAGUGAAUAAUGAUUUUUUUGCUAAUAUUAAAUAAUAUGUUUCAGCCGAAAUAUGAUAAUAACAUAAUUCGAUUGGCGGCUACUAUAAAUCGUUCAUCACUCAAAUUCUUUUACAUUUUAAUAGAUUUUGAUAAUUAUUUUUAUUUCCCAGAAUUAGUAACUUUUUUCGUAGGUGAGGCUUGAAUUUUUAUGUAAGUACAUAAUUUUAUUCAAUAUAGAUUUAUUAAUUCUGAUUAAAAAUGUGUACGUUUAAUAACACUCUGAAUGAAAAAUAAUUUUUUUAUUUUACACAGUGUCGGUUUAGCACACCAGACCAUUU